AUGAGCAAAAGUUUUGCAAUGAUGAAAUCCCCAACAAUUGAACCAGAAACCACCAACAAACCACCAGAAAAUCAUGCCUCAUAUCGAAUUGAUACCCAACCUUUCGUGAUAGGGGAUAAAUUGAAUGGAGAAAACUACCACCUAUGGGCGGUAUUAAUGAGGAAGGCAAUAAAUGGCCGGGGGAUGGAACCUCACAUUACCAGAGUUCCACCACCCCCGCCACGAACAGAUCCAACCUAUGCUCAAUGGCUGCAAGCCGACAACUGUGUGUUUACAUGGAUACCACAAAACAUCGAAUCCAGGCUGGUUAGCCGAGUAUCCCAGCAGCCGACGACCAGGUACGUGUGGGACGCACUGGCGGUCACAUAUGCAAGUGGAGGAGACAAGAUACAAAUUUAUGACAUGCACAUGAAGGCAAGUAUGGUGAAACAGGGGAACAACUCAUUAGAAGAAACGUGGAGUGUUCUACAAGAACUGUGGAUCUCAUUUGACAAAAAACGGACUAAUCCAAUGAAGUAUCCUGAGGACAUGGAGAUCCAUGAUCAAUUUAUACAAGAAUAG